UUUCCCUGAUGCAAUGUAUUCAAAGGCAACAUUAAAAAGAUAUGUAUUGGCCCCUAAGUGUUCCCAGGAUAAGGAAGGAAAAAUGAGAAAAGUCUAAAUUAAUGGAUUCAUUUACUGUGUAAUGGGUUUAGAAUGGUUCACUCUGUGCCCUGGUUUGUUCAUUCAGUCACUGGGCAAAUCUUGCUUUGAGAUCCUCUAAAUUUAUUUGAGUCAAAAGGUAUGUUUUGGUCUAUCAUUUUUUUUUUUUAAUGAGAUGAUUUUAGCACAAUAAAAUCUUUCAGUCUUAGUUUUGUAGAAUGCCUUUUUAAUGGUAAUUGUAUGUACACUUUCAAUGUCUGUUACCAUGUCUUACUGACUGGCAAAUUAGCUUUGUUGACAUUAAUACAUUCUUUGGGAAUGAAAGUCCUUAGGAUAAGUCUUCAUAAGUCAGUUUGUAUGUCCACUACUGUUAAGGAGAUCAGGGUACCUUUAAUGGGAUCCACUUUGUUUUUGGAAAGAGAUCCCUGGUUUUUGUAAGCACCUGCAAAAGAUGAUUUGCUAUUUUAUAAGUUGUUGUGUUAUUGCCUAUAUGUAAAUUUUAUGCCUAGAUUCAACAGGCUUUUGAUUGAAUUCAUAGGUACUUUAUUUUAUUUAAUAAACGCUUAAGUAUUUAACACUUUAUGACAUAGCUAAGUUUUAUGAAACUUGCUAUUACUUAUACCUGACCAUAAUGUGGAGGAUAUUUUUCAUUAUAUACCACAGUAUCCCAUUUAUGAGAACCUAGAAAAAGUUGUUUUUUUCCUGGGCAAAUGAUUUGAUUUUAUUGUUUGGACAUAGUGAACAGAUGGAGUUAGUCUGUCUCCUUUUUUAACUGCUAGGUGAGGUUAAAGAAACAUUUGUGUUCAAAUUUUACAGUUAGGCAACAUAUUCCUGUAUGUGUGUUAAUAUUACCAAGACUUUAUUUUACCUUGAUUUUCUUUUACUUUGAUUCUUUUUAAAUGUUUGUAUUUUGUAAUAUGCUAUUCAGUACUCUUGGAAUCAAAGUAAGUUAAUUUCCAUAGUAAAAUAGAUAUGAGAGUUAAUAAAGUAAAAAUAAAAGCAUAGGGUUAGGCAAAUUUUUUCUACGAAUAUUCUUUCUAGUAAAUAUUUUAGGUGUUACAGGACAAAGGGUUUCUGUCAUAGUUGUUCAGUCUGCGUUGUGAGAAAGCAGCCAGAGGUGGGACUGUAUGUAAACAAAUGGGUGUGACUAUGUUCCACUAGAAUCUUGUUUUCACAAACAACAGUGUGUUGGAUUGGGCUCAGUGCUAUAGUAAGUUGCUUUCAGUGUCCAGAAUUUUAGGACUAUGUAGUAAUGAAAAACACACUUUUUAAAUUAUAAGAUUUGCUUGGGUGGGUAGGACACGGUACUGGGGAUUGAACUCAGGAUCCACACACUGAACUACAUCAUUAACUCUUUUAUUUUGAGACAGGGUCUUGCUAAGUUGCCCAGGCUGUGAUCUUCCUGCUUCAGGCUCCCAGAGUCAGGUCUGGUUUGCAAGGAGUUUCAAAUCAUAAGGAGAGACCCUUAUUUAUUCCCUACUCAAAUAUAAGUUGUAAUAGAUGCUCUUGGUUUAUCUGUGGGUUGUAUUUUAAAAGUUCGCAUUUAUUUAUUUAUUUAUUUAUUUAUUUAUUUUUUUGUCUUUUUCAUUUUUUAUCGGUACCAGGGAUCGAACUCACGACCGCCUGCUUGCAAGGCAGGUACUUAUGCCACUGAGCUAAAUCCCCAGCCCCAAAAGUUCGCAUUUAGAUUGGUGAUCUCUUAACUCAUGACUAAUUUUUCUAAAGAAACGUCAAGAAUUCAUACUAGUUAAUAAAAACUAAUUAAUAACCAAAAAUGUUAAAUGUAUUCAGAAAACAAAUUGAAGUGAAAGUGAUAUUCCUAAAACCGCCAAUAAUGAGAAAAGAUGAAGAAGAGAGUUUUUAAAAGGGCACUUUAACUGGGUACAGAACAGUGAGACUUAGGUUGACUGCUUUUGUCUCAGCUUUGUGCCACUUUUCUAGUUGGAGAGGAAGAACAGUAGAUAAAAUUUAGAGUCAAAUAGAAUUGGAUUUGAAUCCUAAUUUUUGUCCAUAUUACCACUAUGACCCUGGGUAGAAUACUUAAUAUCUGAAUUUCAUUAGGAAGCAUCUGUAAAUUUGGGCUUAUAAUAUGAGAGGAUUUUGAGGACUAGAAAUAAACCUUGGGCCGGAGAUUGAGCUUUGUGGCACAAGUGCCUGCCUGGCAAGUGUGAGGUUGUGAGUUUGAUUCCUGGUACCAAAAAGAAAAAAAAGAAACAAUUGAAAAACUCAAGAAAUAAGCCUCACAUAAUGUUUGGCUGUAGUAGGCAUUUAGUGAUUAUAUGAAAAAGAUUAUUCAAGAGGAUUAGUGUUUUGAGUCUGAUAACUAGAGAAAUAGUUCUAAGAAAUUAUUUUACAAAAAUAAUUGAAAAAUUAAGCUUUUUUUUUUUUUUAGUAAGGCAGGAUCUUGCUGUGUAGUUCAGAGUGGCCUCAAACUCGUGGGUGGCCUCAAACUUGAGGUAAUUCUCCUGCCUCGGUCUCCCAAGUGUUGGGAUUAUAGGUAUGCGUCAUUAUGCCUGGCCAGCAUUUUGUUGAAUUAAUUUGGAAAACAUUAAAAUAAUUUCCCAUAGUGAAACUCCUUUUGCAAUAAUAGGAAAAGUAAAUAUUACUAGAUAGCAGUAUAAAUUGUACACAUUCUAGUUUCUGAUAUAAGCAUUUAUUUGUUUGCUUAUUUAUUUAUUUUGCAAUGUUGGUGAUGACCUAAUGUUCUAAUUUUUACCUUUAUGUUUAAAAAUUUCCCUACUCUUCUUUAAGUUGAUGUCCUUGAAAAUAUCAUCAUUUUUUGUAAGUUCCUAAAUUUUGUUUCAUUUCAUUUUGUUUUGUUUUUUGAGAUAGGUUUUACUGUGUAGUUCAGGCUGGCCUUGAAUGCACUGUGUCACCCAAACUGGCCUCGUACUCACAUGAUGCUCCUGUCUAAGCCUUGAAAGUGCCAGAAUUACAGGUGUGGGCCACCUCACCUGGCCUUACAUUUUUUUUUUUAUUGCAUGAUUACAUAUUUUUCAGUGUGAUUGUGUACUGAGUCCUAACAGAAUUGUGGAGAAAUAAAAGCAGGAUGUAAAUAAUAUUUGUUUGCUGCUUAUUUCUUAGUACUAGUCAGUAGUUUUCAUUAUCAAAGCAGAGUUUUAUGAGCAAAAAUUUGAGAACAGAAAUCUUUCUACAGUUAAAAUUUAUAAAACAUUGUGAAUCAUAAAGAUGUAAAGUGGAAGUAUCAUUUUGUAUCAUUUCAUAUUAAUACUUACAUGGACCACAUUUAGUGAUACUGAGCCAAAUUUCUACAUUGUUAGAUUGUUGCAGUGUACCUGCCCAGCUCAUUUUACUUCCAGCCUCAGCCAGUUCAUUCUUGGACUUUCUGGGUAUGUGAUUAGGAGAAAAAUGUCAUUCCAGGUUUAGAUGGGACAAAUACAGUUGGAAAUUGAAUUAGAUCUGGGGUCCUUCUUGUUUCCAUACAGUCUUUAUUUCAUUAUAAAUUAUAAUUUAGUUUUACAAUACAAAUUUAGUGAUGGUGUGCAACUAAUUUGAAUGAGAAAUAUCUUUAUUGCUUCUUCCAUUUGACUAUUCAUUGAUUAGUCAAAGUUUUGUCUUUAAAUUAAUUCUGGAAUUUUUUUCCCAUAAAGUUGUAGAUUUAGACCAUGCUGGGCCACCUUUUAGUUUAGUUCAGUGUUUCCUAAACUGUGUUCUAGUGAAAAUCAUAGCAACACCUAUGGUAAAGACGUGCAUGUAUACAGAAGUGUGGAAAUGCUUCUUGCUGCGUUUCUGUCUUAGAUUUACAGUGUGCCAGAGUGAUUGAAAACUCUUAGUAGGUAUCAGACUUCAUUAGUGUAUGACUCACUGAAACUCAAAAUGAAGUUAUAUGCAGCUUGGAUUUCCACAAUUUGUUGUUCAGUAUCAAACUAAAAUUUGUUUUUUAAAGUUAAUUCUAAUUUGAGUUGAAUAAAGAAAAGAAAACAACAUAAUUUUUCUGUUUUAUUGUAAUAUCUAAUGUAUCUAGAGCUUUCUAUUUUAUAGGCUGUUGAAUGAAUUUUUUUUCUAGUUGUAUGACAAUCCUACAGACUACUCAAGAAACACUUAUAACUAACAUUUUUUGCCCAGUUUUUUUCUUUGCUGGUGAGAUCCAGGUUCAGAAAAUGACAUGUACUAGAAGUUUUUUUUUUGGAUUAAAAUUGGAGAUAUGUCUUCUUAAAAACAUGUGACAAAAGGCAUCUACAAAAGAAGGAAAUUAGUGAGUUUUUCCCUUGCUUAGAAAACAAAUUGAAUUAUACUUUAUACCACAACUUUGAUUAAUGGAAGUUUUUGCAUUGAAAUAUCAGUUUGGAAUUGUGUUGUGAAUAUCUGGAGGCAACGUGUUGAAAAUUUAUUCAUAUGGUUAGAUCUAAAAGCUUGAUGUACUCUAUAUUUCUUUGAGUCUAGCAGGACAUGUUAACAUCAUAUAAAAUUUUACUAUGACUUAAAGCAAUUUCCAACUGCCAAAGUUGUUGGUAAAUUAAGAAUGUAUUAUAUACCUGUAUCUAUGUAAUAUGUGAUCAGAAAAGCAAUAGAAAAAUAGAUUUUAACUUAUUCUUUAUUUAUUGUUCGAUUUUUUUGAGAUACGAUCUUGAUAUGUAUUUUAAACUGGCCUUAAACUCACUAUAUAGCCAAGGUUGGCCUUGAACUCAUGGCUCCUCUUGCCUUAGGGCUGAGAUUAUAGGCAUGAGCCACCAUGCCAAGACCGAACAGAUUAAACAAACUCAUCAGUAAAAGUUAUAUGUAACUGAGAAGAAAUAUGUAGGAACUUUGAGCUAUUCCUAUGUCACACGCUGCUGUUCUAAUUUUUUGUUAACCUCUUUAGUAAAGAGAGUGAAAUUAGGGACAGACAGCAAAGAGACAGUAGCUAACAGUUUUGGGGAAGGGAAGAAUACUGAGCUGGAUGGUGGAAGUGGUAGUUUGGGAUUACUUCGGCAUUUUAUAUAAUUGUUACGACAGUCACGAUAUUUUCUGUUAAAGAGUAUGAGAAAAAUAAAGAGUAUGGUAUCUGAUUUGUGAAAUAGAAGCAUUUCAUUUUAUUUUCUGUAAGUCUUAGAAACAUUUAACUCUUUUAAAUAAAUUUUGUAUUUAACACACAUUUUGCAUUUACCUUACGUGUCAGGUCUACUUCUGGGGACUUAGAUCACUAAGUACUUUCUCCUUUAAAAAGUUUUCUUUGUCACUCUACAAGCUUUUGAGUUAAAGAUAUUUUUUGAGAUAACUGCAUUACAUGUUUAAAGUAAACCUCAGGAUGCUGUAUUAGAAUAACUUUAUAGCUGAACUGAGCAUCUGCUGUUCUCAAUAUCAGAAGAGUGGGGAAAUUUUGAAGUAUGUCUUGUGUCAGAAUGUUUAUUCUAGUCUUGAAUUUUGUUUUUGAUGGCAGCAGUCCUUUUAUUAGCUUUAAUAGAUUAGAUAUAUUCUAAUUAACUUUAAUUUUUUCUUAUUUAUUUCUCUUAAAAUGUAUUUCUAGUUUCUGUUUACCAUAUCUUGGGAAGAAAUUCCAUAGAUUUAUAAUUUCUGAUGGGUUUACUUUGAUUUUUAUUCUUUUACACAUUGGUUCAUGAAUCACUGUUAACUGUUUUAGGUAUUUUGGUUCUAACUUAAACUCUUUUUGUCUUUCUAGAGUGUUUUAGCCUUCUGUAGGGUAUGGAAAGGUAUACAGCAGAGAUGUGCUGGCUCAGGCUGUCCUAGUAGUGUUGAUCUGGCUUAGAUGUUGGCAGGCAUGCAUAUACUGCAGACAGGGAAGACAGACAGACACAACGGCAGUCAUGUCAGUGUCCUCCCUAAAGAACUUCACCUCCCUCUCCCUUCCAUGUUUAAAGAGGCAUUCUGAAGACCUAGUGACCUUUAACUAGUAAAAAUUCCAUGGGUCAUUAAACAGGUAUAGUUCCUCCUUACAAGUGAAGGGAUGGAGGCAGAUUUCACAUAAAGUAGGGAAAGAGAAAUGCUUUUUUGUAAAACUGACCAUUUUAUAUUCAUGAUUUUUUGUAGUAGGGUAGAUGAGAUAAAAUUUAACAUUGAGAGUUGUUUUGGAAUUGUUACACUACUUCCUCAAGACACAUUUAAGAUUCCCUAAAAUUAAGAUUAGAAUCAUGGUACUAUAUAGGUAAAAUGAGGAAGAUACUGUUGCUUUUGCCAGUUUUUACCAAAAGUGAAUACUAGAGGCCAAGAGUAGCAAGACUUUCUGUAUAAUUUGGUUUGCAUAUUUAAUAGGUGCCUUAGUUACUUUUCUGAGGCAAAAUACUCAACACCCAAAGUUAAAGGAGGCAAGGUUUAUUUAGCUGAGAGUUUAUAGAGGUUUCGGGCCAUAAUUGACUGGUUUCAAGCCGGAAUGGCACUUGGCAGAGGGGCAACAGUUCAUGUGUGCAGAAGACGGCAAGAACGACAAAGGGGAGAAGGAGACAGACUUCUUUCUGUCCCUUAUGCAGGCUACCUGCUCUAGGGCAGGUGUCACUCACACCUUAAUCCCAGCACAGAGCCUUGAAUCAAUCACAAACUCUAGAUUCACCCACCUCCUAAAAAGCCUAAUACUACAUGAGGCUUUCGGGGGACAUCUAGACCCAAAUCAUAACAAUAGGUAGGCAAUAUGAAAAGCUUUCAUAAAAAGUUCUACAGUUUUAGGUUUGUUAUUGUCUCACCUAUUUAAUAAUCAGUUAAGAAUAACUAGUGACUUCUUUUUUUGACAUGGUACUGCAAGUUGAAUCCAUGACCUUCCAACUGAGUUAAUUUAAAAAUUUUUUUACAUAGGGGUUUGCUAAGCCAAAGUAGGCUUGAACUUGCAAACCUUUUGUCUCAGGCUUGCAGAGUGCUGGGACUAAGGGAUAUGCUACCAGGGUGGCUAACUAGUAACUUUUGAAUACAGUAGUGACUAAGUGACUACAGUAUUAAUUUAAGCAUAGUCUGACUUAAUUUAAAUAAAAUACAAUUUAAAAUUUGAUUACGAAAGAUAAUUGUCUCUCUCCUACACAGUAAACAACCUUUUUUUACAUACUAAAUAGAUUCUUCAGUAUUAUAUAGUUUAAUUUUAUUUUUAAAAAGCUGGUUAUUUGGUUUGCUGUGCCAUUGUUGUUUUUCCUUUUUGACUUUUGAGAUUAGGAUAAAAAUUAUAUACAUUUGAGCAUCUGAUUUUGGUCAUGAUAUAUUCUGUUUCAGGACGGUUGUUAUUUACAUAAUUUAAAUCCUUUGUGUAGCUGUCCUCUAAUAAAUUACUAGGAAAAGCUUAAUUUUAGAGUGAUUUACGAAGAAGAUAUGAUUAGUUUACAUCAGGAAACUUGUGAGGCUACUGAAAAACAUACAUCUUUACUGUUUUCUUAUGGAUUUCUCUUAAAAUGUAUUUCUAGUUUCUGUUUACUGUAUCUCAAGAGGAAGAAAUUCUGUAUGUUUAUAAUAUACUAGAGUAUUUCUUAAGUAUAAAAUUUUAAUGAGCUGACCAUCUUUACAUCAUAAUGACAGUUGUAUUAUGUUACAAUUGAGAAAUAAUAAACUUGUCAUGUAAAAAUGUCUUUUAAAGGAUUAAAGGUUAGAAAUUGGGGGGUCUUCAUAUUUUUGGUUUUAUUUUUGUUAAAAUUUAGGACAUUAUUUGCUACUAUUGAGAAAUUUCUUUUGAUGGAUGACUCUACAUUUAAAAUUUACAGAAUGACUCACUAAAUAAGAUAUGAUAAUUACACAUAUUUCUCUCUCUGUCUGUCUGUCUGUCUCUCUCUCUCUCUUUCUCUUUCUUUUUUUGUCUUUUUCCUUUUUAUCAGUACCGGGGAUCAAACUCACGACCGCCUGCUUGCAAGGCAGGUGCUUAUGCCGCUGAGCUAAAUCCCCAGCCCCUUUUUUGUCUUUUUGAGGCAGGGUUUCACUAUGCAGUUCAGGCUGGCCUUGAGCUCACUUUGUAGACCAGGCUGGUCUUGCACUUGAAAUAAUCCUCCUACCUCAGCCUCCUUAGUGCUAGGAUUACAGAUGUGCACCACCAUGCCAGGAUUAUACCUAUAUUCUUAUUUCAAAGAUAAUUUAGAAUAACUUGUCAUUGGUACUCUAGAGAUUCACUGGUCUUCGAAUUUUAUAUUUCUUUUUCAAAUUUUAACAUGAAUUGUGAAACCAUCUUAAAUUAUAUUGUAUGAAAACCGAAUCUUGGCCUCUUGAGUGACCUGCGUAACAUUUUUUUCCUUUUGAUUAUGUUUCAUUUUUUUAGAUGUAAGCACAUUCUAUCCAGUAGAAAAUAAUAUGCACGACAUAUUUAACAUGGGGUGGUCACAUACUGAGUUUCUUGUGAAUGUCAUUAUGUGCUGAUUCUGUACUACAUUUUUACAAACGAUGUCAGAACUUGAACAAUUACUCAUCUUAACAUUGUGCCCUACUUAUGGUAUGAUUUUCCUGAGGGUGAACUGGAAUUUUUCAGAAGUAGCAUGGUUUUAAUAAGGAAUCAACACUAUUAUGCAUGUCUGUCUUCUAAAAGAUUUUUAUUUUUAUUUGUAUUAAAUUGACAUUCAGAUAGUUUCACUGUGCUUUAUCACACAAAAGAUUUAACCUUUCACAGGAUUUUGAUUUUCUCUUUCUGUAGUGGGACAGGUAUUGCUAGGAAGAGGAAGAAAGCAAUUAUUAUUUUUAAAAAUUUAUCUACAAGGAAUUCACACGUUUCCCCUGCAGAUCAGAUUUCUGUUGCUGAAGAAUUAAGUUCUGAAUUUUAAUCUGCACUUAAAAAAUGUUAAUAACUACUUGUGAUCUUGAAUACCUGAUGCAUGCAAAGCAGCAGCUAGUAACCACAACCAAGCGCUGGGAUUCUUCUUCUAAGACUAUUGUAGAUUUUGAACCUAAUGAAACUACUGAUUUGGAGAAGAGCCUUCUUAUCAGAUACCAAAUUCCUCUGUCUGCUGACCAGCUAUUUACCCAGUCUGUUUUAGACAAAUCAUUGACCAAGACCAACUAUCAGUCAAGGUUGCACGACCUCCUUUAUAUUGAGGAGAUAGCCCAGUAUAAAGAAGUCAGCAAAUUCAACCUAAAAGUGCAAUUGCAGAUUCUAGCAAGCUUCAUGCUCACUGGAGUUUCUGGAGGUGCAAAGUAUGCCCAAAACGGACAACUUUUUGGUCGUUUUAAGCUUACUGAGACACUUUCUGAAGAUACUUUGGCUGGACGACUGGUGAUGACCAAAGUCAAUGCUGUUUAUUUAUUACCAGUUCCUAAAGAGAAGUUAGUACAGAGCCAGGGAACCAAAGAGAAGGUUUAUGAAGCUACUAUUGAAGAAAAAACAAAAGAGUAUAUAUUUUUACGGAUAUCCAGGGAAUGCUGUGAAGAACUUAAUCUUCGGCCUGACUGUGAUACACAGGUUGAACUUCAGUUUCAAUUAAAUCGAUUACCCCUCUGUGAAAUGCAUUAUGCACUAGAUAGGAUCAAGGACAAUGGUGUAUUGUUUCCAGACAUCAGUAUGACUCCCACUAUACCUUGGAGUCCCAACAGACAGUGGGAUGAACAGUUGGAUCCUCGACUAAAUGCAAAACAGAAAGAAGCUGUUCUGGCCAUUACCACUCCACUUUCCAUCCAGCUGCCACCUGUCCUUAUCAUUGGACCCUAUGGGACGGGCAAAACAUUUACACUAGCUCAAGCUGUCAAGCAUAUACUGCAGCAGCAGGAAACUAGCAGGAUUCUCAUUUGCACCCAUUCUAAUAGUGCUGCUGAUCUCUACAUAAAGGAUUAUUUACAUCCAUAUGUAGAAGCAGGCAAUCCCCAGGCAAGACCUCUCAGGGUAUAUUUCCGAAAUCGCUGGGUCAAGACUGUCCACCCAGUUGUCCACCAGUACUGUUUGAUCUCAAACGCACAUUCCACCUUUCAGAUGCCACAGAAAGAAGAUAUUCUUAAACACCGGGUGGUGGUAGUGACUCUGAACACUUCCCAGUACCUCUGUCAGUUGGAUCUUGACCCCGGUUUUUUUACACACAUUCUGUUAGAUGAAGCUGCUCAGGCCAUGGAGUGUGAAACUAUUAUGCCUCUAGCAUUAGCAACUAAAAGUACUCGGAUUGUUUUGGCUGGUGAUCACAUGCAGCUCAGUCCUUUUGUUUACAGUGAAUUUGCCAGGGAGAGAAACCUUCACGUUUCGUUACUUGAUCGACUUUACGAGCAUUACCCUGCUGAAUUUCCAUGUAGGAUCCUUUUGUGUGAGAACUACCGUUCCCAUGAAGCUAUCAUCAAUUAUACCUCUGAGCUUUUUUAUGAGGGCAAACUGAUGGCCAGUGGAAAGCAACCGGCACACAAGGAUUUCUACCCACUGACUUUCUUUACAGCACGAGGGGAAGAUGUACAAGAAAAAAACAGCACAGCUUUUUAUAAUAAUGCUGAGGUAUUUGAAGUUGUGGAACGUGUAGAAGAGUUGAGAAGGAAGUGGCCAGUAGCAUGGGGGAAGUUAGAUGACGGUAGCAUUGGUGUGGUGACUCCAUACGCUGAUCAGGUGUUCAGGAUACGUGCUGAACUUCGAAAAAAGAGAUUAUCUGAUGUUAAUGUAGAAAGGGUGCUAAAUGUUCAAGGAAAACAAUUCAGAGUCUUGUUUCUUAGCACAGUACGUACAAGACAUACCUGUAAACAUAAACAGACACCAAUUAAAAAGAAAGAGCAACUUCUGGAAGAUUCUACGGAAGACUUAGAUUAUGGUUUUUUAUCUAACUACAAGCUUCUUAAUACUGCCAUCACAAGAGCACAGUCCCUGGUCGCCGUAGUGGGAGAUCCCAUUGCCCUGUGCUCCAUUGGAAGAUGCAGGAAGUUUUGGGAGCGAUUUAUCACCCUGUGUCAUGAAAAUAAUAGUCUGCAUGGGAUCACAUUUGAACAGAUCAAGGCUCAGUUAGAGGCUUUAGAACUAAAGAAGACAUAUGUGUUGAAUCCACUGGCUCCUGAAUUUAUCCCCCGGGCUCUGAGACUGCAGCAUUCCGGAAACAGCAACAAACAGCAGCAAUCACCACCUAAGCUGCCAAACACUGUAUUUCAUGAAGACCAAGUAAAUUUCUUCCCUACAGUUAUGGGGAAAAGCCUCCAUCAUACCCAAAAUGAUCAUUUCCAGAAUGAUGGAAUUGUUCAGCCCAAUCCUUCUGUACUUAUUGGCAAUCCUAUUAGAGCAUUUACUCCUCCACCCCCUCUUGGACCUCACCCAAAUUUGGGAAAAUCUCCAAGCCCUGUUCAGAGAAUUGAUCCUCACACUGGGACAAGUAUUCUCUAUGUACCUGCUGUCUAUGGAGGGAAUGUAGUUAUGUCGGUGCCUUUACCUGUACCAUGGACAGGAUACCAGGGUAGGUUUGCAGUUGAUCCUCGAAUUAUUACACAUCAGGCAGCAAUGGCCUACAAUAUGAACCUCUUACAGACACAUGGACGGAGGUCUCCUAUACCUUAUGGCCUUGGACAUCACCCACCUGUCAGCAUAGGGCAACCACAGACUCAGCAUCCUGAGAAGGAUCAGCAUGAACAAAAUCGAAAUGGUAAAAGUGAUACAAAUAAUCCUGGACCUGAAAUUAAUAAGAUUCGAACACCAGAGAAAAAGCCCACAGAACCAAAACAGGUUGAUUUGGAAUCAAAUCCACAGAAUAGAAGUCCUGAAUCACGUCCUGGUGUUUUUUAUCCCAAUACCAAAUUUCCUCGCAAAGAUAAUCUCAACCCAAGACACAUAAAUCUUCCUCUUCCUGGUCCCCAUGCACAGUAUGCAAUCCCUAGUCGUCAUUUCCACCCUCUUCCCCAGCUGCCACGACCACCAUUUCCAAUUCCACAGCAACACACCUUGCUAAAUCAACAGCAGAAUAAUUUGCCUGAACAACCAAAUCAAAUGCCACCACAACCAAAUCAGGUAGUCCAGCAGCAAAAUCAGUUGAAUCCACAAGUCCAGCAGCCACCUCCUCAACUUUCUCCUGCCUAUCAGGCAGGACCAAACAGUGCUUUUUUUCAUAAUGCAGUUUCUCAUCAACCACAGUCUCCUCCUGCAGAGACUGUGAUUCCUGAACAGCAGCCUCCUCCUAUGCUGCAAGAAGGCCAUAGUCCUCUGAGAGCCAUUGCACAGCCUGGUCCUCUCAUUGCUUCUCAUCUGAAUAACUUCAUUGAUGAGAACCCCCCAGGAUUACCGAUAGGAGAGGCUUUAGAGCGUAUACAUGGGAGUGUAACUCUGGAAUCAUUAAGGCAGCAGCAAGCGCGUCUGCAGCAGUGGAAUGAACACCAUGCCUAUCUCAGUCAGGGUGGUAUUCCAUAUCCACACCACCAUCCUCACCUCCAGCAUCUUCCUCAGCCGCCCAUGGGACUCCAUCAGCCGCCAGUGAGGGCGGACUGGAAGCUCCCCAGCAGUGCUGAGGAUGAAGCAGAAACAACAUUCUCGAGGUUUCAAGAUUUAAUCAGAGAACUGUCUCAUCGUGAUCAGAGUGAAACUCGAGAACGAGCUGAAAUGCCACCACCUCAGUCAAGACUUUUGCAAUAUAGACAAGUUCAGGCGAGAAGCCCACCAGCAGCCCCAUCUCCCCCAUCCAGUACAGACCACAGUAGCCCCUUUUCUAACUUUAAUGACAACAGCAGAGACAUUGAAGUAGCCAACAGCCCAGCAUUUCCACAGCGCCUUCCACCUCAGAUACUCAGCUCACCUUUCUCGUUGCCAUCUGAACACCUUGCCACUCCUCCCUUGAAGUACCUGGCACCUGACGGAGCAUGGACUUUUGCUAACCUGCAACAGAAUCACUUAAUAGGGCCAGGAUUUCCUUAUGGCCUACCUCCAUUGCCUCACAGGCCACCACAGAACCCUUUUGUACAAAUACAAAACCAUCAACACGCUAUUGGUCAAGAGCCAUUUCAUCCAUUGUCAUCUCGAACAGUAUCUUCUUCUUCGCUCCCUAGCUUAGAAGAGUAUGAGCCCAGAGGACCCGGUCGGCCUUUGUACCAAAGAAGAAUCUCAUCUAGCUCAGUGCAGCCUUGUUCUGAAGAAGCAAGCACUCCUCAAGACAGCCUGCCUCAGUGUAAGGAGCUGCAGGACCAUGGCAACCCUCCACCUUUCAGCUUCUCAUCCCCAGAGUCCUGGGGGAACACCACCUCAACUGCCUCCUAUCAGAACAUUCCGUGCAAUGGAUCCAGCAGGACAGCCCAGCCCAGAGAAUUGAUAGCUCCACCUAAGACUGUCAAGCCCCCAGAGGAGCACCUGAAGUCUGAAAGCCAUGAGGUAUCCAGUUCCUUCAACUAUAACGUGCUGCAGCAUCUUGGCCAGUUCCCACCACUCAUGCCCAACAAGCAGAUUGCUGAGUCAGCAAACAGCAGCAACCAGCAGAGCCCUGCGGGGAACAAGCCAGCCAUGUCCUAUGCCAGUGCGCUGCGUGCACCUCCCAAGCCCAGGCCCCCACCAGAGCAGGCCAAGAAGAACAGUGACCCCCUGUCUCUGUUCCAGGAACUCAGCCUCGGCAGCUCCUCAGGCAGCAAUGGCUUUUAUUCCUAUUUUAAAUAAUCACUUUUUUUGUCCUCAAGGGGAAAAUGUUUUAAUUUCUGUUUAUAUUAAUAGAAUUAAGGUAGUUGGACUUCAUCUAUAGAUGCACAGUUCUUUGUUUUAAUAUUAAAUAUGUUCUCACUUAAUUGCUUUGCUGCUAGACUUGCAACUAAUUUUUUAAAAGUAUAUUCCAUUAUUUUGCAUUUUUGAUGUGUCAGAAUUUUGACAGCUUUUAUGUAGAAUAAAAAAUAUUUUUAAAUUGGUGUAUUGUUAUAUAUGUUUGCAUCAAGCUAGCAGCUAAGAGGUUAAUUGUGCAACUAUUAAAAAAAGAAAAAAAAGUUUGUCUAAAAUGUAUUUAAAAAGAAAAAAAUUGUAAGUAGCAUUUACAUUUAUUCAAUAAUAUUACGAUAUGCUGGGUUUCUGUACCAGAAAUGGCCAGUUGAUGUACAAAUGUAUGUUAUUUUUGCUCAAAUUCAUUUAAAGUUUUUUAAAAUAAAGGGCAGCAUCUUCGAAAUACUUUAAGUUUUAUCAGCUUUUUUUGUGAAGGAUGCUGCAUUCUAAAACUUUUAUAGUUUUAGACUCUGUGUGAUACGCUGUUGUACUCUCCAUCCACCGUAGGAUAGAGCUGAAGGCAUUCUUUGUAGGUGUAUUUUGUAUGCCACUGUUUUUUGAAGUGUGAAAAAACUUUGGCAUACUUAGUUAUUUUUUUUGGACAAGCUACACUUCAAGCUUGUUUUUAAUGUUAAUUUGAUAGUGUGGUUUUUUUAAACAAAUCAUGAAGCUGAAAAAUUUUUAGGAUUGUUGGUGCUUAGUAGACUUGAUAACUAUUUUAAAAAUGCGUGAAUUUAGUAAAAUCCUUUUUUCUCACUAUGCAUGUGUAAAUGUUUGUAAUCUAGCUUCCCCCUUCUCUAGUGGUAUAAAGAAUUGUGCCGCUUUAAGAUUUGAUUUUUGUCCUCCAGUAAAAAUUUUGGUACCUAAUUUGAUGUUUACAUUAAAAUGUGACAUUAUAUACAUGGCAAUUCAAAUAUUUUGCUAGUUGUUUUAUUUGAGGAACAUCAUUAAAAAAACGUUUGUCGAAAAUUAAUCAAGAUUCAUCAAACUCUGGGGCAGAAAACUACCCUUGUUUCUCAUGUCUUUCAGUUCUUUUGAAUACCCCUAUUGAACAUGUAUAAAAUAUAAAAUUUAAAUAACUAUCUUAAAUAUUCUAUAGUCUGAUAGUUGUCUUGAAUGAGCUUUGGUAAAAUCCAAAGAAAAAUGUUUACCCUCUUACAACUUGUGGUCUUAUGACACAUUUGAAGUGAUGCAUGUCCUUAUCAUUUUCCUAAUCUAGUAGUACAACUUUAUAUUUCUGAAAUCUCUUGAAACUACAGUAUAACUUUAAAAAAAAGAUGAGGCCAGGGAACAUUUCAAAUGAGCCCAACUUUCCUGAGUAUCCAUUAAAAAAUAGCUAUUUAAAAGACUGCUUUUGACAGGCCGCCUCAUAUUCACAGUGCAUUUUAGAAGUGGGGUUGAGAGUGGUAAGGGUAAAGAGAAAUUAUUUACGUCUCUUGUAUGCCUGAAGGUUAGUUUAGGUUGGCCAGCUGCAGUCCUCAUAUCAUUUGGGAUAAAAGCAUGUCUUUGGUUAGAGGUUAGCAAGCUACAGGACAAAUGAAAUGUAUCUCUUACUCAGUUCUACUCUUCUGCCUAGGGUGCAUUUCAUUGGUGUGUGGCUUCCUGUUACAGGCUGCAGGUCUCUGUGGGGUGGCAGAUGGAGACCUGUAGACUACAGACAUGUUAAUGGUUAGUAUAAAUCACAGUUGGAAAACUGAGCCAGCAGCUACAGCUCUUUGCUUUUUCUGUAGGAUAUCACAUUGCCACGUUCAGCUAUGUCAAAUUUUGCUUAGCGUACUUUAGUGAGAAGAUGGAAAAUUUUUUGUGCUGUAUAGCUGUAUAUUUUCCACACUAUGACAAACAUAGCCCAAAUGAAAAUUAGGUCUCUCCAGUGUGAAAAUGUCCAUGAAAAAUAAUUUUUUCAUCAGUGAUGGCCCUCUCCUACCCCCAUGCAUGCCAAUAUACAGCACUAGAAUACAAGUUAGAUAAAUGUUCAACAGCAUUUUAAUAAUAUGAAGACAGAAUUGUACUGUCCGAUCUCUCAGUUAACCUUUGUCAUGAGGUUAUUACCUGAUUUUCUGUUUCCCUUACUUGAACCUUUAAAAAAUACCAGUUUUUAAAUUAUUUAUGUUACUAUUUACUUAAGGAGGUCAUUUACACACUGCCACCUUCUAUAAAUUAUUGAUGAUGGAGCCUUGGAUAAGGAAGCUGUCCAUUUGCUAUGACAUUUUCUUUCUAAGCAGUUAUUUCUAAAAAAUGAACAAUAAUAGCUACUUAUUAGUCUAUUCCUCUGCGCUCAGUCUCCAAGUGUUCAUUUUUUUCUUGUUUGUGGUCAAGGAUUUGAAUGUUGUUUCCAUUGGAUAAUCUUUUCGGUCUUCUAGAUUAAAAGCUUAUUUUUAACCCCUAACAAGCUUCCUCUUUGUCAGCAUUACUUAAUGCCGUAUUUCCAGCACUGCUUUAGAGAAUUUUAUUUAUGCAUAGUUAAUUUGUAAUGAUUUGAGCAAGUAUUACUGUAAGAAUCAUCGCAACUUCCCAUUGAAAUGAGGCAUGGCUUCUGAAUACAGUUGAUGUGCGUUGGCAUUAUUGUAGUUAUUAGCAAAUACCCAUAAGUCAGGCUGAUAAAAUAACUUAUUUUCUUAUUUCUAUACUAGAUUCAACCUUAGAGCUCAGAUGAAACAUAUACAUAUAUUAAUAUAUGGAUUUUUUUAAAGGAAACUUGAUAGCUCUGGGAUAAUACCAAUUAUUACCAACUCCCCUUUUUUCUGUAACAGAUUUCUUCUAAGUGAAGUUAACUGUUCAUAUGAUUUCUUUCUUUCUACUUCUUUGUUCUUUGUAUCACUCUGAAGUUUCCUUGCUCUUGCCAAAACUAUUUUUCAUUUAUUUCACUUUUUAGUUUCAGUGCAACUUGAGAUUUUCUUUCUCUUUGAGUCUUAAAUUCUUUUGAAUAAUAGAAACUUUGUAGAUUAUUUCUGCUAUUUAUUUUCCUGUUAUAAAAAUGAUUUUUUUGUUCAGAUACGAAGAACUUCAUUCACUAUAAUAUGGGUAUUUCUCUGUAUUUUUAAAAAGGAGUUUUGGUUGCCAUCUUGGUGUAUGCUUUGCCAAAUUUUUAGAGCAGAGCUUCUUUUUAAUGGUUAAUUAGUAGUUAAUUAUUUACCAUUUAAAUCAAUGUGACCUUAGGUUUUCUUUCUGCACAGAGUUCUGCUUUUCAUGUAGGUCAUCUCAUAUACCAGACUGCUUAGUAUGUUUUUUGUUUUUCGAUUUUGGUUUUUGUUUUUCAUCUGAGAUUUUAAAAUAAGUUCAGGUUUGAUGUAGAUACCUAGUCUUUUUAGUUCAAACAAUUGCAGAAUAAUUGAAAUAAGCAGAAUCUCCACUUAAUAAGCAUUACCUAUUAAACAUAGUAAUCUCUAACACCUAUUUAUGAAAAUAUAGGAAUUGAUGAUCCUGAGAAAGCUAAUUGAAUUAUCUAACUUUGAGAUAUUUAUGUACAGUAUAGUAUUAUGUUGGUCUAGUGUAGAUGAUUUUGUUUUUAAAAAUUUUCAUCUAAGAGCAAAACUAUAAACGAAUAAGAAUGUGACUGUCACCACCUUGGUCAAGAAAAAGGGUGUGGAAAUAAUUUCUAGAUAAAGUUUAGUAUUUCAGCUAUCAUUAUUAAGAAAAGUAAAUUUCUUGAGAUAGUCAUUUAAAAAGAGACACCCAUGAUAGCAGUAUUCCAUUGUGAAGUUGUCUUUAAACAGGGAAUCCCAGACAAUGUCUAUAAAAUAUAAGGCUAAAUUUCAGUAUAGUGAAACAUACAUAUUGCUGCUUUAAAAGACUAGCCUGCUUUUUCCUAUUUGCAACUCCUCAAAGGUUCUGAUUUGUUUUUUCUGACUUAACAUUAUUUCUUGCUAAAAAUCCUUCUUAAUAUUUGAAAAUCCUUAUUUCUACCACUAGUCUGUACAUUUUCCUGAAUCUUGAGGUAAAUAUCUUUCUGCAUCUAAUUUGUCUGUCCCCUCUGCCAUUUGAUCUAUGUUCAAACUGCCUGGAAGCUAGAAAAAUGGAUAAUAGUCUAUUGAUUUCUUAUUCAGAAUACCGCUUAGUGGUGUCAGUCACAUAUUAUAAAGAUACCAUCUUGAAAGAAUAAGUGGCAUAUUAGUCCUCAAAGUGCUCAUUACAAGAAGCUUCUCACAUUGUCCAUCGAUUGGAGGUUGGACGUUUAUUUGCUGAGACUACUCUAAAUCUGCUAAAUUCACAAUUACCAUUUUCAUCCCUGUGUAAUUAGCAAUCUCAAGACUCGUUGCAAGGACUAAGUCUUAGCAAUAUUUAACAUUCUUACAGAAUAUUCAUAAAAUGGCACUAAAUUAUUACAUCAGGUGAAACAAAUCAAAAGACAAUUUUAAUGUAACAUUUAAAAAUUCAUACCUAAGGCAAAUGCCUGUUUUGGAUUUUCACUGAAGGAAGGUACCUAAUAAGAGAAUCUAGACUUAAAAAUGUGAACUGUGGUUAAAUCCUAGACCCAGUUGUACAGUGAUAGUCUAAAGUUUCUCAAACUGGAGUACUGGAAAAACCCAGAGAUAUUCAUAUGCUUGUAGUUUCAGUAAUCACAAUGUUAGACCAGACUUUAUUUGCAGUUUGUUCAACAGAGAGAUUUUAUUUUGAUACAGAUAUUUAGCAUAAAGUAUAAGUUUUAUAGAAUUCUAUGAGUUCAUUGAACAAUUUAUGGAAUUUUCAUUAUGUUCCUGGGCAGUCUUUUCAACUGUUUCUACCUCACAUACGAGGUCUCUUCCGUAUUUUAUUUUGCAUACUAGCAUGUGAUUGCCUGCCUUAGAACUGUGUAUAGGAAAGCAAAUCAAUAUUACCUUUUAAGAAAUUUUUGAUUUUUGAAAAAUUAUUUUCACAAAUACUUUUUUAAUGUCCAUGAGAAAUAAAGGGGAAAGAAUGGAAACAUACAUUGGUUCAGCAGAGUAGUAUCUAUAUACACACCUGUCAUGUUUUAAGAUUUUAGAAUCGUGGCAGUGAAAGAGAAACAGGGAAGAAAGAAAUAAGGCAGGAAAAGUAGUAUUCACACUUUAGUCAGCAGCAGGCUUACUUAGAGGUUUUGUUGAAGUGCAGGUUGCUGAGCUUUACCCCAAUUCUGAUUCUAGGCUGCAGUCUGACCACUGGCAUUGGCAACAAGUUUCUGGCAGUGCUGGUGCUUGCUGGUCCAGGAAUUGUGCUUCGCACAUCACUUGUCUCUAGAAAGUUUGAAGAUGUUUCUAACAAUGCGUUUAUUUACUUGAGAUAAAAAUUGAUCUCUUGAAUCAUUUUUAGAAUUUUGAUUCCCUGAGUGGCACAUUCCCAGAGAAAGAGCUCUAAGCCUUUGGAUUGACUGCCACCCCCUUUUUUCCUCCCCUGGUGGGAUCCAUGCUGCUCUUGUCAUUACGAUGAAAGAGCUCUUUCAUUUCUAGAGUGAGAUUGGUUUUAUGUACAGUGCUGCCUGGGCUUUGGUCUGGAAGCUGUGCGUUUGUUUGAUGUGCUUAGAGUCAAUCUUGAUGAUCCGUACACAUGGAGAAUAGUGGAAAGAAGCCAUCUGAAGGUCACGAGAAUGCACUUUGCAUUUAUUGAGGCACUAAGUACAGGAGUCCCUGUCCUAAUAUAGUGGUGACAUGGAGCAUUGAAAAUGAUAGGUAAUAACCCAAAUAAUGUGUAGUUUUCAUGGUGGUUUUUUGGGGGGGAGGGGCUAGGGGAUGGUGAGGGGGAAGGAUUUGCUUUUCAAAUUGUGUGUUUCUCAGGUUAAAGUUAUUUUGGAUUUCUGCCAUACCAGCAGGUGUUAGGAAGAGUCUGAGGUGCUGUAUGUGGCAGAAAAUGAAUAAUUGUUUCUGAUUUCUUUGCUACCUUUAAAAAGAAUCUGUAUAUGUUGCAAAACAGUCUAGGGGAAUCGGCCACCUAACAGCAUGAGUUAUCCAUAAAUCAUAGGUGCACAUGUAUGAGCAAGUUAUUUUUGAGAAAGAAACUGCCUAUCACAAUCUUGACAGGUCUUUGCAUAUUUUCACAUUUGUGUAUUGUUGUUGCUGUUGUUGUUGUUUUAAUAUUCACCCUGGACUGUACCUUGGGGAGUAUUAGGCUCUGCUUCUGGUUUUUUGUUUCCCUUUGAAUUUACUGAGAUGCUAGCAAGAGAAAACCCUAACUUUAAGGUAAUAGACUAUAGAAUGAUUUAGGUGUAGGAGUAUACAUGAUGACCAUCAUACAACGCAUGGCUUUGGAGUUCUUAAUUCUGCUUCAAAAGCUUGAUGACCUUUGGCGAGGAUUGUUCAUAUGUUCAGCUCAGGUUCCUUUAUGUAGUCCCAACUUAUAGGGAACUUUGGUUUAUUUACACUUUGUUUUGCGUGGCACUACGUACGCGAAGACCUCUUUAUAUCUUUCUGUAGGUCAGAGAACUCUUUUGCUCCAAAUUAAACUCCCAAAGUGUCAGUUACACUUGAGAUUUUAUGUAUCCAGACCACACCUGAUCCUAUAAGUCUGUGUAUGGGACAUUAUGUACAUCAUGUACUGUAUCUGAUUUCUGUGCCAGCCAUCUGACCUGAUUCUUUGAAACCCAUGAAGGUACUUGCUAUAUGUAGUGUGUAUCCUAGGAUUGAUUCUCUAAAUUACAAAGGUAAUGGGUUUUGCAUUUUAUUAAAUGAUCCUAUUAUUAGUGACAGGAUUUUUUGUAGUGCUUCAGAAAUACAGUUCUUACCUAAACUUGUUCAGCUAGCUUCACAGGAUCAGUUGCUUAGUAAAUUCAUAUUGGUUCUUACUUUGGAAAAUGUUUCUAAGGGGGACUGUAUAAAACAACUGGUAAGUUUCCAUCUCUUCAAAGGACCAGUUGCGUGGCCAUCUAAUAAAGCAUAUUUAUGGCAAAAUUAUUUUUCUUUGCAGUAAAUGAUACCUCAUUUAAGAGGCUCUAAUACCUAAAGAGUUUAUUCUUAAGUAAAAAUGACUUUGUAUAAUAGUAUAACCCCAAAACUACUCUCUAGGGUUUUAUUCUUCCUCUGUCUUUGUCUUUUCUUUUAUAGCUUAAUUUCUAGAAUUACUUUAGCUACUUUGGUUUCUUAGUACAGGUUUUCAACUUGGAGUCUACGGUUCCUACAGUGUGAUCAUUGUCUCAGUGAAGUUCUUUUGUUUUAAAAAAUUCAUGGUAACACAAAAUGUAUUUUACUGCUACAACUAAAAUGUAUUUAUAAUAAAAUGCCUUUUUAAUAA